AUGAAGCUCCUCUCCCUCUUCGCGCUCUGCGCAACCACCGUCAGUGGCCUCGUCUUCGAUUCCCCCGCCCACCAACCUCCAGGCGCAAACGUAUAUCCCGUGAACGAUCAAGCUGGGCUCAGAAGAAUCGGUGCCCAUCACCCAAAGCACCCUGAUAGACGAACGGUGACUAUCCGACCCUCGCACAACGAUACUGACGACAUUUCGGCCGAUUUCCUCUGGGGUAUUCGUCGGGCAAACCAUGGCGGAAGACUCCUCCUCAAGAAGGGCGAGAAAUACGUUAUUGGCAGGAAACUCGACCUGACAUUUUUGGAUAAUAUUGAAGUGCAAUUGGAUGGAGAGCUGAAGUUCACGGAUGAUGUGCCGUACUGGCAAGAAAACUACUUCUGGUAUGACUUCCAAAAGUCGAUUACGUUUUGGCGAUGGGGAGGGCGCGAUGUCAGCAUCUUCGGCAGCGGGACGUUGAAUGGGAACGGUCAGCGCUGGUAUAAUGGGUUCGCUGGGCAGUCGAUUCUGGACCCCGACAAUGAAUACUAUCGGCCCAUUCUCUUCGUAGCGGAGAAUAUCACGCGUCUGUCUGUUGAGGGGAUCACGCAACUUAACUCGCCUUGCUGGACCAAUUUCUUCGUCAACAGCAAUGAUGUCUCUUUUGACAAUGUUUAUAUCAACGCGUUUUCCACAAAUGCCUCAGACUCGACUGACCCUGAACUCCAGGCCGAACCCAAAAACACAGACGGAUUCGACUCCCUCAAUGUCAACGGGCUAUCGGUAACUAACACCCGCAUUGACGUCGGAGAUGACUGUUUCUCCCCAAAGCCCAAUACAUCCAAUAUAUUCGUCCAGAAUCUGUGGUGCAAUAACACCCACGGGGUAUCCAUGGGCAGUAUCGGACAGUAUCCGGGUGUCCUAGAUAUUAUCGAGCACGCUUAUAUUGAGAACGUUACACUUCUUAACGGAGAGAACGGCGCGCGCCUCAAAGCCUGGGCCGGCGAAGGUGUCGGCUACGGCCGUAUCAACAACAUUACAUACAAAAACAUCCACAUCGAAAAUACGGACUAUCCAAUCCUUCUAGACCAGUGUUACUUCAAUAUUCCCUCAGACGAGUGCGCGAGCCACCCAUCCCAUGUGAACGUGACAGAUAUUGUCUUUGAGAAUGUGUCGGGCACGUCGUCUGGCGCCGAGGGAGAUUUGGUUGCGGAGUUAAUUUGUUCGCCGAAUGCAGUAUGUGAGGGCAUUGAGUUGAAAAAUAUAGAUCUCGCUACGCCAAAUGGUGAGGAUGGUGUUGUUAUUUGUGAAGGGGUCACUGGAGGCGUUGGAGUUGAGUGCCAAUCUUCCAAAUAG